ACAUUUAAACAGAAACAAAAAAUUUCCAAUAAAAACUUACACUUCUAAUGAGUUUGGAACAUCCACAUACCCAAAAUUAGUGGCUAGAGAAAGAGUAGAGGCGGAUAUUGAUACCAAAGCUUAUGAUGGACCUGUUCUUUGCUCUAGGUUUUGUUCUGAGCAUCGCAGGAGCACAGUUGAGGUUAUUUUUGCUAAAUUGGGGGUAUUUUGGAGGAUUUGGGUAUAUUAGCUCAUAGCUUUUUGGAUAAAAUCUCCUGAGGGUGUGCUUCGGAUAGGCUGUUUUUGCAGAUAUCUCUGGAAGGUUUGCUUAUGAUUUUGCAGAUUCUCAUGGUGAGUCGAAAGCAACUAGUGCUCUGUCGAUUCAAUUCUUGGUGGGUUUUCGGAAUAUUGGCUGUUUUGGCAAAUUUCUGUAGCGGGGUCGUGAAAAAUCAAGGUUUAAAGCUCUAAAAAGGGGUAAUCCUCCCGUUUGGUUUUAACACAUUUAAUUGAAUUGUUUCGACCAUAUUUUUGGGUUCGAUUGGCCUUGUUUGGGGUUUUAGCUAAACAUUUUGCCGUAGAGUUGGUGAAUUUUUCAUUCUCUUGUAUUUUGUGGUGGGCAAUUCUGCUUCCAAGGAUAAGAUGAGUUCAAGCAUCACAGAAAGUUCGGUUCAUGAGGGUAAGCUUCUGGUCCAUAUAGCAAAAAAUGGUAACUCCUUUGCGCUUGAUUGUGAUGAAACAACUCCUGUGGAGGGGGUUAUGCGGUUUAUUGAAUCAGUCUCUGGGAUUAAUUUCAAUUUGUGUUUGGAUAUGAAACUCGAAUCCCAGCAUCCACUUUCUGCUUAUAAGCUUCCGUCCAGUGAUUGACCUGUGUUUAUAUUCAAUAGAGCUAGGCUCCAAGAAAAUUCCCAGCCCCCUCCACCUGAGCAAGUUGAUAUUCUUGAAGUUGCAGAUCAUCCGUCACCAGCAUGUCCACACGACCCCCACCCCUUAGAUGAUGCAUUGGACCCCGCAUUGAAGGCUUUGCCUUCUUAUGAGUGGCGAUUUCGGUCCCAUUACCAUAGGGGUCAUGCAAUAUAUAGUAGAACUCAUUUGAUGUAUGAGCAUUGUGAGAGGCUAUUGAGGGAGCAAAAGGUACAGGAGAGAGCAGUUGAGGUUGCUAGUGGUAAUUUGGAUCAAAACUAUAGGAUGAUUAGUCAGAAUUACUCAGAAUUCAUGAAGCGCUAUAGGCAGCAGCACAGGAUGCAUUCUGAACUCCUAAUGAAUUACAGGAGGGAUUUAGAAAAACUGAGGUCUACCAAGCUUCAUCCAGCUUUACAGACCACUACACAAAAGUGUUUAGUGGAUUUUGUGAAGGAAGAGAACCUGAGAAAAGCUGUUGAGAAUUGUAGCAACUCCCAUAGGCAGUUUGAGAAGAAGGUUUUGGAGUUUAAGCAGAAGUUUGGUGAAGUAAAGUGCAAGGUCAAGGAGUUAUUUGCUCGCAGGACUUCCAUGCCUAUUAGGAAUUUAGAGCUAACCAUCAAGAAGCAUCGGCAAUUCAUCAAUGAACAGAAGAGCAUAAUUCAAUCUUUAAGCAAAGAUGUACAUACAGUAAAGAAACUUGUGGGUGAUUGUCUGUCCUACCAAUUGUCCUCCUCACUUCGCCCUCAUGAUGCAGUUUCAACCCUGGGUCCCAUAUAUGAUGUCCAUGAUAAGAAUCAUUUGCCUAACAUGGCAGCUUGUGGUCGCUCAAUUGCCAAGCUUCUUGAGUUUUGCAACGAUAAGAAGAACGAGAUAAACAUUUUUCUGCACAAUUACAUGCAAGAAAUAACAUGUAUUACUUAUAUUAUUAAAUAUACUAAAUUAAAAUUUCCAGUUUUUAGAGAAGAUAUGGUGUGCCAAGGUGAUCUAUUUAUUGACCUGAGGCUGCUUCAUGGGAUUGGUCCUGCAUAUAGAGCCUGCCUUGCAGAAGUGGUAAGAAGAAAGGCCUCCAUGAAACUUUACAUGGGCAUGGCUGGACGGUUGGCUGAAAGGCUUGCCACCAAGAGGGAGGUUGAUAGACGGGAAGAGUUUCGAAAAGCACAUAGUUCAUAUCUACCGCGGGAUAUAUUAGAUUCAAUGGGCUUGUAUGAUAUUCCAAGUCAGUGCGAUGUCAAUAUAGCUCCUUUUGACACAAAUUUGCUUAAUAUUGAUAUCUCAGACCUGGGCCAUCAUGCGCCUGAUUAUUUGGUGGGACUACCUCUAAAGAGUAAGAAGCAUGCAAGCUUGAAAGGCUCAUUUUGCAUGUCUAAUGACAGUUCUCAUGCAGCUAAGACGGAAGAGAUUGUUGCAGACACUCUUGACAAAGACUUUUCUGAGAGCCUUGAAGGUUGUGAUUUGGUAGAUGCUGGAACUAGCAAGAUGGAAGUUGAGAAUGCAAAACUGAAAGCUGAACUUGCUUCUGCAAAAGCACUCAUAUGUUCUCUUAGCCUUGAAAUCGCAGAGUCAUUGGAUGAUAGCAAAGUGGAUAGUUUGUUGAAGAAUGCUGCAGAGAAGACAGCUGAAGCCUUGCAUUUGAAAUAUGAGUAUGGGAAGCAUCUCCAUUCUAUGCUAAACGCAAAGCAACUUCAGUGUUUGUCAUAUGAGAAGCGCAUCCAAGAAUUAGAGCAGAGAUUGUCUGAUCAUUUUCUGCAGGGGCAAAAACUUUCAAGAAGUAAUGUUGCAUCUGAUUUUGACCUCCCAGCUGCAAGAGUUGGGGGCAGCAAUUCACAAAUCCAUGGUGAUGGACAAGCCCAUGUGCCUUUUGUAUCAACUUCAGAGCCCAUGGAUGAGGUUUCUUGUAUUUCUAGUUCUUUGGAUGCAAAACUAGGACUUUUCACAAGGCAAUCAAGUAAAGGUCGAGACGGGGGUGAUGAAAAUAUGAUGGAUUCUUCUGGUUUCCUAAGUACUCAGUUGGAUUCACUGAUGAUGGAUCCACAUCAUGAAGAACUGCAAGUUAGUGAUAAAGAUGGGAAAGAUAAAAUGGUGGGACAACUGGGCAUGUCAUUGGCAGACAGUUCCACAGCUGAGUGGAUGCGAGCUCUAAAUGUCUUACUUGUAACACCCUCGCUUUAGUUAGUCCGUGCAUUCUACUAUUUCGGUGACUAAUGUCUGUCCGACAGUCAUAAUGUCUGGAACUAUAUUUAGACUAGAGUAAAAAGUCAUAAAUAAUUGAAAUAAUGGUAAGAAAAAUUAAGGAGAAAUUUUAAAAAUAAAAUACAAUGAAGUUAAAUGAGCCGGUGCCCCAACGAUGGGUGACCUAACGGGAAGCGACGGUAAAGGUAGUCGUCGACCUUAUACCCAUAGGGAAACCCUGUGAAAUAAUUUUUGGGACUCCAGAGAAAAGUCGUUGAGGUUUAGAUGGCAUUAGAAUGCCAAGAAAAUGCUUAGAAAAUUUUAUUAAUCGGUACAGAUAAUUUUAGUCUGUUAAACAAAACGAAUGGCAUUUUGGUCAUUUCAUUUUCA